AUGGCAUCCUCAGCAGGAAUGGACGUGGAUCACGUUGACGAGCACUACCUCGAACAUGCUGCAGCAUCCUCGUCGACCCCUGCAUCGCUCAAACCCUACUAUCCAAAGCUCCAGCAGCUCCACGACCGAAAGCUAUGGUACCAGCUCACCUUGACCAUCGAGGAAUUCCUCAACCACCCAGAUUCGCAAACGCCACCGAUCCAGAUUGAACUGUACGACAACUUUGUGCGCCGUUUCUCGUCCAAAAUCAACCAGCUGCAGCUUGCCGCCAUCGGCGUCAAAGUUGCUCGUCAAUAUGUGGAUCCAGCAAAGGCGCUCGAAUUUCUCGAGCAGCUCGCGACCAAAGUGGAUUCGCCCGAGUCGCAAGAUGCGUACGUAUAUGCGCUCAUGGAGGCGGCGCAUUUCAAGCUGUUGCUUGGGGAUGCGGACGGGACCAAGGCGGCGAUGGACAAGUGCGGCAAGAUUCUGGAUGGAUUUGAUGCCGUGGAGACGGCGGUGCAUGCCAGCUUCUACCGCGUGUGCGGAGACUACUACAAGGCGAAAGCCGAGUAUGCCAACUACUACAAGAACUCGCUGCUCUACCUCGCUUGCGUCAACGUGGAUGUGGACCUGACCGACGACGCGCGCGUACAGCGUGCACACGACCUCAGCAUCUCGGCUCUGCUCGGUGACACGAUCUACAACUUUGGCGAGCUGCUGCUCCACCCUAUCCUUGCCUCGCUCGGCAAGAGCCAGCAGCACUCGUGGCUCUCGGACCUGCUCUUUGCUUUCAACGCCGGCGACAUUGGCCGCUUCGAAGCAUUGACCCCGCAUCUGGUCAAGGAACCCAUCUUGGCAGAGAACCAGCCGUUCUUGCGGCAAAAGAUCUGCCUCAUGUCGCUCAUCGAAAGCGUCUUCAAGCGCGCUGCCGACGACCGCACCAUUGCAUUUUCGACCAUCGCUGCCGAGACCAAGUUGCCAGUGGACGAGGUGGAGCACCUUGUGAUGAAGGCGCUCAGUCUCAAGCUCAUCCGCGGAACGCUCGACCAGGUGGACCAGCUGGCGAGGAUCACAUGGGUGCAGCCGAGGGUGUUGGAUCAUCGACAGAUCCAGGCGCUCCAGACAAGACUCAACAACUGGUGCACCAAGGUCGAAGAGGUCAGCGAAUACGUCAAAAACCAGACUCCUGAACUCUUCAUCUCGGCAUAA